AGUUCGGCGGAAAAUCAGCGCAGUUCAGACCGGAAGCGGAAACGUUUGGGUUUUAAACAAAAUCAUUUUAGCGCAAAAAUUGAUUUCGGUUUCAGCAGCGCAGAAUGAAGAAUAUCGACCAGUUUACUGUUUCAUUAUAUUACAGUUUGUUGUUGUUUAAUGUCGGAGUUUCAGCGAAUUUCUCUGAGGAGCUUCGUGACACAAAAGGACUGUUAUUAGAGCUGUUAAACCAGCUGUUUAAUCAGAGUUCUUACACUGAAGCAGAUUAUUUACAGGCCUGGAUCAAUUUAAAAUCCUCGGUGAAGAGGCAGAUCUUCCUGAAGUCCCACUCAGAGGAGGUGAAGCACACGGCCGUGUACGGAGUGAAUCAGUUCUCCAUCCUCCACGCAACAAGAGACAUUUUAAUGUAUCUUUAUCUCCAGGCUCAUCCUGACCAAGUGUCCACGUACCGAGUUUCCCAACACGAUCACAUCAAAGCAUCGGAUUAUCCCCGCAAGUUUGACUGGAGAGAACAUGGAGCUGUUGGUCCUGUCCACAAUCAGAAAUCGUGUGGAGGCUGCUGGGCGUUCAGCGUGGUCUCUGCAGUCGAGUCGGUGCGAGUGAAAGACGGAGGGAAGUUGGAGGACCUCAGCGUUCAGCAGGUUAUAGACUGUGCAUUUAUGAGUCAUGGAUGUAACGGAGGAUCAGUCGUGAGCACACUGUCCUGGUUAAAACAGAGCAGAGAGAAGUUGGUGAAUCAGACCGAGUACCCGUAUAAAGCUCAGACCGGAAUAUGCCGGAUUUUCCCUCUGGUUCACGGAGGCGUCACGGUGAAGGACUUCGCUGCAUUCGACUUCAGUGGACAGGAGGAGGAGAUGAGCAGGAGGUUGGUGGACUGGGGGCCGUUAGUGGUUUUGGUGGAUGCAGUGAGCUGGCAGGAUUAUCAGGGAGGAAUCAUUCAACACCACUGUUCUGCUGGACACGCUAAUCACGCCGUGCUAAUCACAGGCUACGAUACUACAGGUGAAGUGCCAUUUUGGAUCGUACGUAAUUCGUGGGGAACGGUGUGGGGUGAUGGGGGAUAUGCCUACAUCAAAAUGGGAGAAAACAUGUGUGGUGUGGCGGACAAUGUGGCUGCAGUCUUCAUCUGAUUCUCAUUAAAACAUGAAUCAAUUAUUUUACAUUUUCUGAUUUGUAACAAAAAAUUGUAAAAGAAAUUUUAUAUGUAAAUAUUCAGAGUUUAUAUUUUUAACCAGAUUCCAUAAACUACAUUUACACAAUGUUC